GCUGAUCGGCAGAUUGAAAGGAGGUCCUGGAGGGAGACGGCACCUGUAAGCAGCGCACCGCCGGCAGUGCGCCUGUCCCAUUUUGAAAAAAGUUGGCAGUGCAAUGGUUACGCGGAGUGCCAUUCGUGAUUGUGUUCUCAAGGGCAAACGAAACGAGGAAACCGAUGGCAACAACAAAUGAAGACUCCUACUUUGCCAACCUCUCCCUCUCGUUACACCUCGUGGCUUUUGCGCGACGUCAGCGAGGCCAGAUGAUCACCAGCCUGGUUACAUUGGGAGGAUAAAACUGCGAAGAUGCGCAUCGUGUGGAUACGACAUCUUUUCACACGCGUCGGGUGCACGGUGACCGAGCCGAGGCAUGGGCUGUGCGCCGCCGUCUCCGUCAUUCAUACUGCUGCACCGUUUGUGAGCCACCGUCCAAAGAGUGGAGCGGUUCUUUACAGCGAGGAUUUAGGAUAACGCCACGAUUGAAUUGGACUCUACUUGGGAGAUGUGACCGCCCCACCGGAAUCCUGAUUCUGACCAAUAGACUCGCGUGGUCGGUUUGUUAUUCCUGCCCGGCGUUUGAAUUAUAUCAGCCGGAUAGGAAGGAAGACUUAAAGUUCACUUAAGUAUUGAUGGAUUAUGGAUUUAUCAUGGAUGCAUCCCAUUGCCAGAUCUCACAUAGUUUAUCCAUAAGGUAAGCCAUAAUAGUAGGGAUAUACAUUGGUCUUUUUAGAAAUCAAUCAAGCAAUAGGCUGUAAUUACAAUGGAAAGGCUACUUUAGGCUAGACAUAGGGGCACAGCCCAAACAGACCCACAUCUAUAACGCUGUUAUAGAUGUAUUCCGUGACACUGACAGCAGGAAAGCCUUUAUGGAGCUGGAAUAAAGAUCCUAUGUGUUGUCUGCUGUGAUAAACUUUGUAACGCUGAGGAUGCCGACGCGGGCGUCCCGUCAAUGAGAGGAAGGCGGGGGGAUACAGCGUGGAUCGUCUGCGUACUCUACCGGUCCCUGAAGACCCGGAGCCCGGCGUGAAUCACCUUCGGGAUUGCCCCCCCCCCCCCCACAAUUUCUGCCUGCCUUCGGGACCACAACACAAUGAGGAUUAUGCUUCAAGUUAUUCUAGGAAUGUUUCAAUUCCUGCUCCUCACCAGACUCCCCGUGUCCCAAGCCAAGCUCGCACACUGGCGGCCUGCUGACUCCCCCAGGUCCCGAGAGGCUCGAGAAGUCCGCCGCUGGAUGGAGGUGUACUCCCGCAGCGGGUGCGAGCCACGGGACACCCUGGUGGAGGUGUGGCGGGAGUUGCCGGGGGAGACGCACCACCUCUUCGUUCCCGCCUGCGUGUCGGUGCGGCGGUGCGGCGGCUGCUGCUCUGAUGAGGGGAUGGCGUGCGUGCCGUCGCUCACGCACACGCUCACCAUGGAGUUGAUGAGGACCUCCUUCAUGAAGCACGACCUUGUGGAACUGCCCUUCGUUGAGCACAGCCAGUGUGAGUGCAGACCCAAAGAAGAUGCCCGGCUUCCAACACAUACUACGAGGCCUCUUCUCAAGCCGGAAAGGAAAGGCCGGAAGAAGGAGAGAGGCAAAUCCAAACGGAGACCAGUGGAAAACCCCAUCAGAACGACCGUCGUGGUUCCCAGCCCUGCUCCGCCCUCCCUGCCUCCCCCCCUGACUCCCUCACCCUCCCUCCCUCCUCCCCCGACCCAGCUCCCCUCCCCUCCUCCCCCCCCCCCCCCCGACCCCGGCGCCGUCCCGCCCGGCCUGCCGCCCCUGCGCCGGCAGGAAGUGGGCGCUGGACGGGGAGACGUGCCGCUGCCGCUGCACGCUGGCGGAGGACAACUGCGCUCUGAAGCGCCGGAGGCUCAACCCUCAGCGCUGCAGGUGCGAGGCCCUGCGAGCGUGAGCGUUUGACGUGGGGCUUUCUCCCGGUCUCCUCUUCCUCGCCUGCUCUUCCUCGAUUCCUCACUUCUUCCCUGCGUCCGGGCCUCCGAGGGCGGCACGGACAGACCCCCCCCCCCCCCCCCCCCCUCCCCAGGCCGAGCCCAAAAUGGACUCCUCCAAGGCCUUCUCUCGCCUCACUGGUUCAGAGGAGCUGGGAGAGGGAGCAGGCCCAGAUAAAGUAUUCAUGUAAAUACACAUAGCCUCUCUGCCACUGUGUGUGACGACAGCGUGCAUAGAUCCACAUGCCUAAGAUUUAUUAUCCCCCCAACCCCCCGUUAAGUGGGGGGAUCCAACUGCCGCUGUCCCCCGUGCCAAAGUCUAGUGGAACUUUCCAUGGAACUUUCUAGCAACUGUGGCCGAGACUAUGGUGGUGCAGUUAAGUAGAUAAAUAGAAACAAAUCACUACUUCAUUCCAAACCAAUGUGGUGAAGCCAUUAACUAAUGUGCUGGGUGGUGUAGGGGACCUGUCAGAGGACAUUGUUACCGUUGGAUGUUAAGCAGACCACCUCACAAACGGACUACAUUAUACAGCCGUUGUUAGGCGCUGGCAUCGCCUCCCAUUCACCCACACCUCGGACACAAGGUGACAGCUCGCAGUGAGGUGCCUGGCCCAAGGACAUCUGCUGGACACCUUAACUAUGAAGGGCAAUGAUCCAGAACCCCUCUGAGCAUGCAUACACACACACAAACACACGCACACACACACGCGCACGCACACACACACACACACACACACACACACACACACACACACACACACACACACACACACACACACACACACACACA